AUGCGCGUCCUUCUUUGUCCCGACAGUUUCAAAGGCUGCCUCGACGCCCUUGCCGUCGCCCACGCGAUGCGCGAGGGCGUUUCGCGCGCCGGGUCGCACGACGCCGUCGAGUGCCCGGUCUCGGAUGGCGGCGAGGGGUUCACGCAGGCGAUCGCGUCGGCGGCGGGCGCCGAGCUUCGUACGCUGAGCGUGACCGGGUCGCACGGGCGGUCGGUCGGCGUGCCGUGGUGCGCCGUCGACGGCGAGGCGGUCUUCACGGUCGCGGAUAUCGUGCACCUCGGCUUUGUCGCGCCGGGUGAGCGAGACCCCGGCGCGCUGACGACACGCGGCAUCGGCGAGAUGCUCCUCGCGAUGGCGCGCGGGGGGGCCGAGCGGAUCACCGUCGGGCUCGGCGGAUCCGGCACGGUGGACGGCGGCGUUGGCGUCGCGCUCGCGCUCGGGUUCACCUUCCAAGACGAGAACGGCGAGGCUUUCGAACCGGUCGGUAACACGCUCGGCCGUAUCGCGCGGAUCGAGCCGCCGAAAGCGCAUCCGCUCGCUGGGGUGAGCGUCACGGUUGCGAACGACGUCGACAACCCGCUCACCGGCGAACCCGGCGCGGCGCGGGUCUUCGGGCCGCAGAAGGGGGCGACGGCGGAACAGGUCGAACAGCUCGACGAUGGGCUCGCGAAUCUGCAGCGGGUCUGUUCGCAACAGAACGACCACCCGGGCGACGGCGCGGCCGGGGGGCUCGGGUUCGGGCUUCGGGUGUUCGCGGGGGCGAGGCUCACGCCGGGAUCGGAGGUCGUCAUCGACGCGGUGAAGCUCCGCGAGAAGAUGGCGGGGGCCGACCUGGUGAUCACGGGGGAGGGUCGGCUGGAUAUGCAGUCGGUCGCCGGGAAGAUCGCGUGGGCGGUCGGUCGGCUCGCGGAGGAGCUGGGGGUGCCGUGCGUGUGCGUGGCGGGGAGCUUCGGGGAGGGGUGGGCGGAGGCGGGGCGGGUGUUCUCGAGGUGCGUCCGCGCGACGCCGGAAGGGGUGGACGCGGAAGCGGGGAUGCGGGGGGCGGAAUCGUUGAUCGCGGAGGCGGUCGCGGGAUUGCCCGAGCUGUCCGGUGGUCGAUAG